AUGGAUAAGAAGAUAGUGCGAAAAGGGCCGCUGCAUGGGGGUCGCCGGGGCGCGUCUGGAGCUGGCGCUGGACGCGGCAGCAUGCGGGCCGCCAGCCGAGCGCGAGGAGCUGCACGGUCGCCUAGCAGCCCUCCGCAUCCAUCAUCCCCACCAGAAGGCUUGGUGUCGGCUGGGUCUUCUCGGACUCAGCAAGCGGCACCCGCCGCUGGUGGAGCACGUCGCAUGCGUUGGUCACAAGCAAUGAAUGCAAACGCACUGCGGGCGUACUUUAGGGCAAAAGGGGAAGAAACUGGAUGUUUGGCGUAUCGGGCUAGGAUGCAUCGUCUUUUUGCUGAGCUGGAGCCAUCUUUAACCGUCACAGAGCAAAACCUGGCAGACCGAUUUCGGUAUAUCUUGCGCUCAAAUAUAUUUGAUGUCGCUGAACUCGAACGGCUACGACGUGAGGCUGUUCCCUCGUCGGAUGAGAAUGCUACGGCUGAGGAUGGUACCACACCACAAAUGGUAGAGCAACCCGCAAACGUGGAUGCCGCCGUGAAUACCCCGGUUGUGGAUGAUUCAAACGAUGAUGGAACAGUCGCCCAGGAACUGGAAUUAGAGCAUAUGAGGAGUACAUUGGAAGAGGCGAUUGUGGAGACGCGCAGUACGCCUCACGAAAAUCGACCGCGACUUCCCCGCAUAGCCCUAAGCAAGCGGAAUCGGGCUGUCGUGAGGGUUCUGAACCCAACGCUGGUGACAUAUUUGGAAGCCAGCCGGGACCUUUUGCGAGACGGACUCAAUUCUUUUUGGCGCCGCGCUGGCAGUCUGCCGUAUCAUAGGCACCAAGGUUUCCACGGCUGGACGCGCCACUGGCCAAAGUAG